GGGGAGGAGCCUCCCGGAAGCCACGCCCCCUCCGCCUCCUGGCUGAUGCUGAUGCUGAUGCUGCUUCUCAGUCUGCUCCAGGGAAGCCGCGGAUGGAGAGGAGGGCCUCCUGGAUGUGCUCAGUCUUUUACAUCCAUCUCUCUCUCAUGCCAGGGGCCGCCGUCCGUCUCGGAGCAGGCUACAACCACUCUAAGCCGUAUGAAAAGACCGCCCUGCCUUGCAAAAAAGAACAACUUCAGUGUGGCAAUGGACCCUGCUUGAUGAACUGGCUGCGUUGCCGCUACAAGAAGGACUGUGGCAAAGACAAUGUGUCGAUCACAGUGGCAUGUUCAGAAAUCCAUCUAAACAAAACCAGCCCCAUCAACGUGUUUACCCAUUACACGGCAGUCAUUGGCUGCGAGAGCAUGCCAGAUUCGUCUGUGCUGGUAGCUGGGGUUGUGAUUGGCUUGGUGCUCUUCCUCUCCUGCGUGGCCAUCAUCGUUGGCAGCCUGCGGAAAAAACAGUGUUUUCGGCAUCUCCAAUUGCAGAGGGAUGUGAGCUACACUCCAGAUUGCUUCUCAAUUGGAGAACUGAGGCCCGGCUGCAUUGAGGAAUUCCCCCCAGCAUUUUAUUUCAGCUCUUACAUGGAGAUGCUAUCUCAGGUCAACAUCACACAUCCUGACUCUCCUCCACGCUAUGAUGAGUGUGUAGGACCAGAGGCAACCCAGAUUUACAUUCCUACAGACGAUCCUCCACCUUAUUCCCUGAUAGACCCUUGUCAACAGAAUGACAUGACCCCCAACGGAGGAGGAGGAGAGAUGGCUCCUGGAACUGCUACAGAAUGGGAUGCUGGGCAUUUGCUCAGAUUUCAAGACUUGUCGCAGCCCAUCCCUUCCAUUUCCUUGUCGUCAUCCUUCCCAAUGGAGGCUGCUCCUCCGUAUGAGACUGUGGUUCGUGAACAGACCAGUACCCUUCCCUUAGCACAGCUGCACGUACUGAAAAACUCAACAGAUGACUAUCAGACUUCUUCCAACAGGAUAUCUUAAAGGGAGACAUUGACCCCUGUAUGCUACUCAAGGAAUUCUUCAAGCUGAAGAAAAGGACAAUAACAAUUUAGACACCCUUCUACUUAACAAUACUUUUCCUUUUUUUUUUCUACUUUGAAUAGGGCUAGAAUGGGUUGAGGUUGAGCAUUGGGGUUUUGUUUACAGAAAAAAUGUGAUUGUUUGCCUACACAUGUUUACCUUUGCAUUUUUGAUUCCCUAGCACCACCACCAAUAUAAAACAAAAGCAACUUUAGGGAAUCUAGGCCUCUCGAAAGCAAACCUGCUCAUAGAAUAGACACAUGUUGUAUGGCCAGACCUAGCUCUUAGGUUCAUUAGGGUGUCUUGCAUGCCUUAGAACAGAAGAAAUGAGACAAAGUGUUCACAGACAUCUUGUUGAGAACUGUACAGUAGUAAUAAUAAUAAGACUGUUUUUGUAGCUUUGGAAAGAAGUGUGGAUGCAUUUAGAUUUAGACUUUUAGCUUGUUUUCUUGUUCAAAAGAUGCAUCAGAAUUACAGUAGAGUCUUGCUUAAACGGGCCGGCAGAACGUCGGAUAAGCGAAAAUGUUAGAUAAUAAGGAGGGAUUAAGUCAAAGCCUAUUAAACGUCAAAUUACAUUAUGAUUUUAUAAAUUAAGCACCAAAACAUCAUGUUUUACAACAAAUCAACAGAAAAAGCAGUUCAAUACAUGGUAACUUUAUGUAGUAAUCACUGUAUUUAUGAAUUUAAGCACCAAAACAUCGCAGUGUAUUGAAACAGCUGUGGAUCCAGGCAGGAGGCAGGCUGCGUUGGAUAAUACAGAAUGUUGGAUGAGCAAAGGUUGGCUAAACGAGACUCAACUGUAGUCCCAUUUUACCGACUCAGGAUUUAUGCUGAAAGAGAGGCUUCUUGUACAUGUGCUUAACUGGCCUUGGCCUUGAACAAAAAUCCAAAUCCAAGCAUAUUGGUUAGAACUCUGUUGGUGUCUUAUGCCUGAGGAAGCUCCCCCAUGGAAGUGGUUGGACUUUUGGUCCAGUGCAGAAUAGCCGCAUUCAGAGUUGUAUAGUAUGCCCGUUGUACACUGUUCUCCCUGGAUGCUUAUUUUCCACAGUUGCACAUACAAAUGUGCCUGUGCAUUCCGUUGCACAAUGUUGCAGCUCACUAACAAAUAGGCAUUUCACUACCACUGCAUAACCCAGUGUUUCUCAACCUGGGGGUCGGGACCCCUGGAGGGGUCGCGAGGGGGUGUCAGAGGGGUCACCAAAGACCACAAGAAAACACAGUAUUUUCUGUUGGUCAUGGAGGUUCUGUGUGGGAAGUUUGGCCCAAUUCAAUCGUUGGCAGGGUUCAGAAUGCUCUUUGAUUGUAGGUGAACUAUAAAUCCCAGCAACUACAACUCCCAAAUGUCAAGGUCUAUUUUCC